AUGUGGAAUUACUACGAAGGAAAAUCAAUCCUUGUGACCGGUGGAUCAGGGUUCCUAGGCACUGCGGUUGUUCAUCGCCUACUCACGACAACGUCGGUUCCUCGAAUUUACUUGAUUUGCAGGGGAGGUGUGGAAAAGCUUCGCAUGAGGUGGCGAGAAUGGCUGCCUCAAGGCACCGCCGAUGCAAUGUGUGACCCUAGUCGUCUGAUUGUACUCGAUGGCGAUAUUCUUCGUCCCAACUUGGGUCUCUCAGAGCCCGAGCUCGAAGCUGUUCGCAAUACCACCAAUAUUAUUAUCCACGCCGCCUCCUCGAACAACCUAGCAACGCCAUUAAAACGCCUUCACGGCCCUGUCAUUGAGGCUACCGAGAUGAUGGUCAAAAUCGCCCAGUCGUGCAAGAUGUUAGAUCGAUUCGUUUACGUUUCGACCGCAUACUCGAACACAUACCUUUAUCCCCACAGCGAAGAGACAGAUUUGAGGAUUGAGGAGGAGCUGUACAGACUCCCGAGUGGAUGUGAUGCCGUACAUGAACUGGACGAAGUGAGGAACUACGGCACGAGCACGGCAUACGAAGCAGAGGAUUUCCCUUGGUCCUAUGCCUACGCUAAACACCUCACCGAAAGACUUCUGGUGCGGCAUUUCAAAAGUUCGCCCGAGAAGCUUCUCAUUGUGCGUCCCGCCAUCAUUGGUGCUGCUCAAUCAUUGCCAUUCCCAGGAUAUAAUAUGCCGAUGUCUUCUCCAACAACAAUGUUCACCGCAGCGCUGCUCCUUUUCCCAUACCACAAUAUGAGAGUUGCUUCACGGAUGGAUGACGCGGACGUGAGUGUCACUUUUGACGAGGUUCCCGUUGACGUCGUCGUGGAUCGUCUCCUGUGCCAUCUUGCUGUCGGUACUACCGGUUGCAUUCAUGCUGUGAGUGGAGCUCGGGCUCGAUGCAAGGGCAGCACAUAUAUGCAAUCAGUGAUGAAGCUUCGAAGACUUCCUUGGGAUGUGAAGCCUUAUUGGGUCAAGGAGACUUGGAAAUCACGGAAGCAAGACAAAUUGUGUCGACUUUACGCAAUCAUGGGGACAUCCUUUGAUUUCGCGGAGGAUAAAACGGUUUCGAUGUAUGAGAAGCUGUCUGAAAAAGAAAAGAUGCGUAUGCAAUUAUUCAAGAACAUCGAUGUCGAGAAUCAUGUCUCUGCCCGAGACCAAGAUAUUCGCUACGUGAUGGAUUACUUUGCUCGCAAAAGUUGGUUAGCAUGGCUGCUUGUGAUGCUCUUCUAUUUCAGUUUUGGGAAGACCAGCCAGACCAGCCAAUAUGCUAGGCUAUAA